ACUGGAUCCCAUGUGGAAUGGUGUAAACAGCUGAUAGCUGCAACCAUUUCUAGUCAGAUUUCAGGGUCUGUCCCAUCAGAAGGUGUGUCCAGAGACUACAGGGAGAUUCAGGAUGGACACAAUGGCUAUCAUUCUGAAGCAGAACCUGAUCAGGCACUGCGGGAUGGAAACAAACUAGCACAGAUGGAAGAGGCUCCACUUUUUCCUGGAGAAUCAAUCAAAGUUAUUGCUAAAGAUGUUAUGUAUAUCUGUCCAUUUAUGGGAGCAGUCAGUGGUACACUAACAGUGACGGACUUCAGAAUGUAUAUCAAAAGUGUUGAAAGGGAUCCACCUUUUGUUGUUGAUGUUCCCCUUGGAGUCAUAAGUAGAGUUGAAAAAAUUGGAGUACAGAGCCACGGAGACAAUUCAUGUGGUAUAGAAAUAGUUUGCAAGGAUAUGAGAAAUUUGCGGCUGGCCUAUAAACAGGAAGAGCAGAACAGAUUGGAGAUUUUUGAAAAUCUCGUAACACGUGCAUUUCCUGUUUCUAAUGGGCUGCCUCUUUUUGCAUUCAGCUAUAAAGAAAAGUUUGCUGUUAAUGGCUGGAAAGUGUAUGAUCCAAUGGCAGAAUAUAAGAGGCAGGGCUUGCCCAAUGAGAGUUGGAAAAUAUCCAAAAUUAACAGCAGCUAUGAGCUUUGUGAUACAUAUCCUGCUGUUCUUGUUGUGCCAACCAGCGUGAAGGAUGAUGACCUCUCAAAAGUGGCAGCAUUUAGAGCAAAAGGCAGAGUUCCAGUGUUAUCCUGGAUUCAUCCUGAGAGCCAAGCAACGAUAACACGAUGCAGUCAGCCAUCUGUAGGCCCAAAUGAUAAGCGUUGCAAAGAAGAUGAAAAAUAUUUGCAGACAAUAAUGGAUGCCAAUGCUCAGUCACAUAAACUUAUCAUCUUUGAUGCCAGACAGAAUAGUGUUGCAGAUACAAACAAGGCAAAAGGUGGAGGGUAUGAAAGUGAAAGUGCCUACCCAAAUGCAGAGCUGGUAUUUCUGGAAAUUCAUAAUAUACACGUAAUGAGAGAAUCCCUGCGUAAACUUAAAGAAAUAGUUUAUCCUACUAUUGAUGAGACUCGGUGGUUAUCGAAUGUGGACUCCACGCAUUGGCUGGAAUAUAUAAGGAUGCUUCUUGCCGGAGCAGUAAGAAUUGCAGAUAAAAUUGAAUCUGGUAAAACAUCUGUAGUUGUACAUUGCAGUGAUGGUUGGGAUCGAACUGCACAGCUUACUGCACUAGCUAUGCUUAUGCUGGACAGCUAUUACAGAACUAUCAAGGGAUUUGAAGUUCUUAUAGAGAAAGAAUGGAUAAGUUUUGGACACCGGUUUGCAAUGCGAGUAGGACAUGGAGAUGAUGAUCAUGCUGAUGCAGACAGAUCUCCCAUUUUCCUUCAGUUCAUUGACUGUGUUUGGCAAAUGACAAAGCAGUUUCCUGCAGCCUUUGAAUUCAACGAGUUAUUUUUGAUCACCAUUCUGGAUCACCUUUACAGUUGUCUCUUUGGGACUUUCUUGUGCAACUGUGAAAAAGAGAGAUUAAAAGAGGAGGUAAGCACAAAGACCAUAUCGCUGUGGUCGUAUAUAAACAGCCAGAUAGAUGAGUUCACAAAUCCUUUCUACGUAAACUAUGAAAACCAUGUCCUGUAUCCUGUUGCCAGUCUGAACCAUUUGGAACUAUGGGUGAACUACUACAUCAGAUGGAACCCAAGGAUGCGGCCUCAGGUUCCAAUCCAUCAAAAUCUUAAAGAGCUCCUUGCCAUCCGGACGGAGCUUCAGAAGAAGGUUGAAGAUUUGCAGCGGGAAGCUGCUACACGAUCUAUUUCUUCCUCCUCUGACAGAGGUUCAUCUCCUUCCCAUUCAGCCACGCCGGUGCACACCUCUGUGUGAUGUGUAACAAAAGCCAUGUGAAAAAAAUUUGUCAGGUAAUACGGAGAGGAGGGUGAAACGCUUUUCCCAUCACAAAAAGAUUGUGAGUGACUUGUAAUUGCUAUGAUCUACAUGCCUUACUCUGUGUCUGAUAUUAUCAUGAUGAGGCCAAAAAGAGCUUCAAUAGAUGUGAUGUAUUUUCUUGUUGGCAGUUCCCACAUGUGUUUUGACAUCUCUAGAUAAAUCACCAAUUGUGAAAUUAAACUUUGUUUUGAGCAACUAACAAUUUAACCAUCCUAAAAAGGAAUCCAUCUGCCAAGCAGACAGAAAAAUGCCUGUCACGCUGCCUAGGGUACCAUGCCUGGUUGGGAGAAUCAGAUGAAAUGCCACAUGAUGCUUACACAGAACAUUUUUCUGAAUGGGAGCUCCUUAUUUCACUCAGUAAUAUAUAUAUAUAUUUUUUUUUUGCUAGAGCAAUUUAUUUUUUUUAGGUAAUUAAUGCACUUGGAAAUUGAUUUUAAAUUAAAUGUUUUCCGGUGUAGUCGGUUUUACAUUUCCACUAAAUAUGCCAUUAAAGGUGGAUGAAGUUAAGCUGGAUUUAUCAAGUACACCACACUGACUUGUAUGAUGUAAUAUAUUUGGUAAAGCGUGUAUUUUAGGUUUUUUAAUGCCUUUUGUACAAGUUGAAAUAAAGUCUUUUGACUGUUUAGCUUAUUGUUCAGUUUCAGCCUCCUGAGUGAGGGGUAAACUUAACUCAUGUCAAGGUCUUGUACAAAGUAAAAGUUUGUUUUCUAGCAAAUGGUAAUAUUUGGGGUUGGAAUGACACCCAGCUGUGUAAAUUGUAUAGUCUGUAUAGCUCCACAUUUUGUUAAGCGUGUUUUGUUUUAAAGUGUACACACAAAAUGCAAAGCUGUGUCCAUUUAUACACAUGUGUAUGUGAUGAUGUUAAACAUAUGCAUACUCCCGUGGUUUUAAGCUGUAAGUUCAGAAAAUGGAUCCUGCCUGUCCAAACUCUUUUGAAGACCUUAACUUGUAAUGACUUU